AUGAUGCCGAAAAUCCCUUCUUUCCCGUUCAAGCGCGCCUCAGGUCUCAAGCCGCCUUGUGAGUACGCCAAAUUGAGGGCUACGGACCCUGUUUCCAGGGUCAAGCUGUGGGAUGGCAGCCAGACGUGGUUAGUCGUGAAGCACAAAGAUGUUUGCCAGGUUGCUACCGAUGAUAGACUCUCCAAGAUUCGCACCACAUCCGGAUUUCCGGAGAUGAGCCCUGGUGGGAAGGCUGCAGCGAAGAAUAAGCCGACAUUUGUGGAUAUGGACCCGCCAGACCACGGCAGACAGAGGGGGAUGGUGGAAGCUCUCUUUACUCGGACACAUGUCAACAGUCUGCGUCCCUACAUCCAAAAGACGGUUGAUGAGCUUUUGGAAGCAAUGAUUGCAAAGGGAUGUGAGCAGCCAGUAGACCUAGUGGAGCAUUUUGCCUUGCCCGUGCCGUCAUACAUCAUUUAUACUGCUCUUGGCGUGCCUUUCGAAGAUCUCCCAUAUCUUACAAAUCAGAAUGCAAUCCGCACAAACGGCAGCUCUACGGCGUCGGAGGCACAGCUUGCCAAUGACUCCCUGCUUGUGUAUCUUGGCAAGCUGGUGGAUAAGCGAAUGGAGGAUCCGAAGGACGAUAUAAUCAGCAGCCUCGUUACCAAACAGAUCAAACCGGGUUAUAUCGAUCGGAUGGACGCCGUUCAAAUCGCAUUUCUCCUGCUUGUUGCUGGUAACGCCACUCUGGUCAACAUGAUUAAUCUUGGCGUUGUCACGCUCCUUCAACAUCCCGACCAGCUAGCCGACCUUAAAGCACAUCCAUCGCUCGCGCCGACGUUCGUCGAGGAACUCUGCCGCUACCAUACCGGGUCAGGCCUCGCCAUGCGGCGUGUGGCGAAAGUCGACCUUGAACUCGGCGGCAAGCAAAUCAAAGCUGGUGAAGGGAUAAUCGCCUCGAACCAAUCUGGUAGUCGCGACGAGGAGGUCUUCCCAGACCCGGAUACGUUCAACAUGUAUCGGAAACGCUGGGAUGAGGAAGCAUUAGGCUUCGGAUACGGACCACAUCGCUGUAUUGCGGAGUGGCUUGCUCGGGCGGAGCUCGAGAUUGUGUUCUCCACUCUCUUCCAAAGACUACCGAAUCUGCGAGUGGCAGUUCCUAUGGAGGAGCUCCCGUAUACGCCGCUGGAUAGGGAUGUGGGAAUCGAAAAGCUUCCAGUCGUUUGGUAAGCCCUAACGAACAGUUUCUCGUAACGGAUGCGUGUAGCUGUUAUGUGCCCUGCUGAGGCCGCAGCGCGAUUGGCAAGGCUUAGCCGGUCGAGACACGGCUAGAUUGGAAUAACACGAGCCGGAAAGCAAAAUUGACGAAUGGGCAAAUCUUUUAUUGGAUAAUCGUGUCAUAGGAAAAUCUGUGCUCUUUUUAGGUGUUUGAACAGGAUCUACCUACUACCCGCUUUCAUCUUACCUGAUAGCCCCUAUGUCUACACAAAUCGCGCUAUCCGCACCUAAAUUCUAGGUCUUUUGCCUCUAGUGAUGGGGUUUCCCUCCACUUUACUGAUGAUACCUAAAAUAGGCCAGUGGUGCAUAAAGGCAA